ACUUCAGUAUAUCUCUUUGUGUGCUAAAAUUUAGUUAAAUAUGGAGUAUGAUUUAAGAAAAGCAACGAAAGAGGUAUUCAGUUACAAAGUUUACCUGAAUGAGUACCAGGGUCGUUUAAACGCUUAACAAGACGACAGAAUCCGUCCACAGCUGCUAGCAGGUAAACGAAGCUGGAGAUUACAAGGCGCUGUGCUAUUUUAUCCAUUUUUCUGAUUGUUCUUGGUGUGUGUAUGCCUUCAUUAUUCGGAUUAUUGCGGCGAACUUUCACGACCAUGAGCCAAACAGGGAGUUAUUCGGUGGCCUUCGUUACAAUUGACAAAAUGGAAGCAGCAAAAAAAUUGGCAGCUGGUUUGGUCAAGGAGAAGCACGCAGCCUGUGUUAAUAUCAUUCCAGGAUUAAUAUCUGUUUAUGAAUGGGAGGGGAAAAUCAAUGAAGAUCCAGAGUUGUUGCUGAAAAUAAAAACAGCAACAAGUAAAGUGGAUGAUGUUAUCAAGUAUGUCAGGGAGAAUCAUCCCUAUGACGUAGCUGAAGUCAUUAGUGUUAAGAUUGAUAAUGGGAAUGAGCCAUACUUGAAAUGGAUAGAUGAAGUUGUUGGAAGUAAACCGUAGAUCUAAAGUAUAAACAUCUGUACAAGGCAAUCUUUCCUCCGUCUAAUGCACAUGCUUACUAUUGUAAAGUUUUAUUACCAUUCUAAAAAUUGAAAAAACAUGAAUCUUUAAAAGAUUGUUUUUUAAUUUUAACUUUUAAAUUGCACUAUUUCUCUUUUGCAAACUAAGUGGUUGUACUCUAUUUUGGAUUUAUACCAUUGUAUAAAUAGAUUAUAAUUUUUUGUGCACAUCUUAUAAAGAUUGUGCAGUGAGUCAAAUAGUCUCUGUAACCCCUCCUAGGCUUGAAAAGUCAAUAAAUAUAUGAAAAGUUUCAA